UGUUGCAUAAUAAUAAUUUGUUUUAAUAAAAUUUAUUUUAAGUAGUUUUUAUUACACAUUUAAGAGCUGCAGUGUAUGUACAAAGGAAAUGGUGUUUUGCCAGUGGAUGUUACUUCUCAUCUGUUUUAUCUCUAGUACUACUUCUUAUGUCCAUAUAAAGGGUUUUUUUCUUAGUGCUUUCUAAAAUAUGAUUAAAAAUAUCAUUAAAGGGAUUAAAACUAGUUGGUUAUUUAUUUUAGGAACACUGACAAGAUGUUUUAAAAAUUGUCUUUAUAUAUACUUGUUAAUAACUUUCAAUAACUGCAAGACAAUAGUGCAGUUUUUCAAAGACUUAAGAUAGGGCUAGCGUUUUCUAUCUAUAUUUGAGACAGAGAAAAACUUGGUAAUUUCAAAUUCUUUCAAAGUUGUUACAGUACAAUGUUAUUUUUAAAUAGACAGAGGGAAAAAUGCAGGAGAAGGCUCAGGACAAGCUGUACUGAUUUUCUGAGCCACAGAAAAAUGUAAUUUAAACUUUGCAUUUAGACAGCUGUUCAAAAACGUUGGUUCAAUUUGAUUUCUCCCAGUCAUUGCGAGCUUUCAUAUUUUGCCUGGAGGAAAAGUAAAAUCUCAUAUUUAGAAUGUAAGGCUUGGAUUCUGUUAAGUUUCAUCAGCACUGAUUUGUCACACAUCUUUCGACAUCUAUCUUUCUCUUUGUGAUCAAAUCUCUGUGCAAAAUGCAUAAAGUUGGGGUGAGGAGGACAAUAACUAUAAUAUGGUAAACUAGCUAGCACUUUUUGAAGUUUUAUGAAUGAUUUUUUCCUGUGAAGGUGCUUGGACUUCCUGGGAGCUGUCAUUUUCUGGGAGCACAUGUGGUUUCUAAGACAAUGCAUAGUGAACAAACCAGGACAGGCUAUAGUGUAUGGUAAUUAUAAAAAGAGAAUCUCCAAAUAUUUCUGUACCUCUGAUGGAAAAGUAUGAAAAACCCUGAUCUGAUUAUAUUGUGCAAGGUGUUUCAGGGCAGUUUUCUCUAAGUUGCUAUAUGGAUAUUCAGCAGGAAUGCUUUCAUGUGUACAGAAGGCAAAAAUGUACCUGAGAUUCUGGCACUGCCCUUGUUUUCCAAAAAUAUGCAAAAUCACUAACAUUGAAGAAGUCUAACAGGAGAUCAGUAACAAACUGAAACAAACAUCUUGGUUACACAUGUGUGUAUAGGCAUUAUGAAGACAUGUUGAGAUUGUUUCCUACUACUGCAGUAAUGUCUUAUCAAGAAAUCAUGUAGGUGUUGUAUAAUAAGUUGCCUUUUUCAGUGUUGUCCUUCCCCUCCACCCUUCUGUUUCAGUUCACGUGACAGGACUUUGUACUCAUUUACUGAUAGUAAGUGCACAGCCAUGUUGUCUGAAAAUUAGAAUCAGAAACUGAAACAAUUCCGUGCUGCAAGGGUGCUCUCCAGGUGGAUUUUGGUAAGUGCAGACCUGUGUUAAAGCCUGUCAGACCAGCAGCCGAGGCUGCUUUAACACGGGGAGAGCCAGAGUCACCAAUAGGGAGCAGCGUGUACUGCUGGGAGGUGGAAGAGCCUGUGCUGUGAGGAAGGAAGUCAUGGAGGAGACAGAGAGACGCAGCAGCAUCCAGAGUAGUGAUUAAUGCUGGAGUGGCAGUGGGAAUAGCAGUUCCUGGGCAAGCAGAAUUGGAGGAGUUGAGCCUCUGCAUCCAGAAGGAAGAAGAUGGGACCCCUUUUACUUCUAAUGAUUUGUCAGUGUGCCAUAAAUAGUGUCAAAAUGCAGAGUGUUUCAAAUCCCAAUAUCAUUUUACUGAUGGCUGAUGAUCUCGGUAUUGGAGACCUGGGAUGUUAUGGGAACAAAACCUUAAGAACUCCUAAUAUUGACAGGCUAGCAGAGGAAGGAGUGACACUUACUCAGCAUAUAGCAGCAGCCCCACUUUGUACUCCAAGCAGGGCAGCUUUCCUGACAGGGAGAUAUCCUAUAAGAUCAGGAAUGGCUGCCUUCUCACGAGUUGGUGUCUUCUUAUUUUCUGCCUCUUCUGGGGGACUUCCUUCUGAAGAAAUAACUUUUUCCAAGCUCCUGAAACAGAAAGGUUACGCAACCGCUCUAAUAGGAAAGUGGCAUCUUGGGAUGAACUGUGAAAGCAGUAAUGACUUCUGUCACCACCCCCUCAGUCAUGGAUUUGAUUACUUUUAUGGGCUCACCGUGACCAAUUUUAGAGACUGCAAACCUGGCCAAGGCAGCGUAUUUUUAAAAGGGGUUCAGAAAGCCCUUGUCAUCCCAAUCCAAAUUGCUGGCAUCACCCUUGUCUCUUUGGCAAUAGUGCAGUACAUCCUUAAUGUACCUUUCCAAGCAUUCGGUUACUGCUUGUUAAUAAUCACAAUUUCACUUGUGGUUUUGAUAUUUUUCUUCUAUAAUUUUCGACACUUAAACUGCUUCUUAAUGAGGAAUCAUCAGAUUAUCCAGCAACCACUGUCCUAUGAGAACCUUACUCAGAGGCUGACAAAGGAAGCCAUGCAGUUUAUUGGAAGGAACAUUGAUGCACCCUUUCUGCUUGUCUUGUCUUAUCUUCAUGUCCACACUGCUCUAUAUGCUUCAGAAAAUUUCAGAGGAAAGAGCAAGCAUGGCUUAUAUGGUGAUGCAGUGGAGGAAAUGGACUGGAGUGUAGGACAAGUUCUGGAUGUGCUGGAAAAACACAAUCUGAGUGACAAAACUCUUGUAUACUUUACAUCUGACCAAGGGGCUCAUGUUGAAGAAAUUUCUAGUGCUGGAGAAGUCCAUGGAGGAUACAAUGGCAUAUAUAAAGGUGGAAAAUCAACAAACUGGGAAGGAGGUAUUCGUGUGCCAGGCCUUCUCCGUUGGCCUGGAGUGAUACAGGCUGGUACCUAUACUGAUGAGCCAACAAGUAACAUGGAUAUAUUUCCUACCAUAGUCAAACUUGCGGAGGCACAGUUACCCUCUGACAGAAUUAUUGAUGGACAUGAUCUACUGCCCUUACUUCAAGGAAAAGUUACUCGAUCUAAGCAUGAAUUUCUCUUCCAUUACUGUAAUGCAUAUUUAAAUGCAGUGCGCUGGCAUCCAGGAAACAGUGAAUCUGUCUGGAAAGUCUUCUUCUUCACUCCAAACUUCAGUCCUGAGGACUCCAAUGGUUGCUAUGAUUCUCAUGUUUGCUUCUGCCACGGAGGAUUCAUUACACAACAUGAUCCUCCGCUGCUCUUCGAUCUGUCCAGAGACCCUGAAGAGAAAGUCCCUCUGACUCCAGAAACUGAGAGCCGUUUCUACGAAAUUCUCAGGGUCAUACACCAAGCAGUAGACAAUCACACCAGAUCCUUGCAGGCUGUUCCUAACCAGCUGUCAUGGGACAAUCUUCUCUGGAAGCCGUGGCUCCAGCUCUGCUGCUCAUCUCUCUUUCAGUCUUGCUAUUGUGACUAUGACUCAGGAGGGAGUCCACUGGAAGUGCAUUCAGGAUAAACAAGCUGUAAUUCACUGUCAAAACCCAGAAGAGUAGAGUGGGGGUAUCUGACUUGAACCUCUGUGGUACUUGCCUUCAGAAGGUUUUGUUGUAUCAGAAUGAGAACUUAUCUUCAAAGACACAUUGCAGAAGAAAAUUUCGGUCAAGAAAAUGUACCAAGAAAGGGAGGGUGAGACACACCUUUUCUGCCUUUAUCAUACAGUAUGAAGAACGUGUUGCCAUCCUCAGCUACAGAUGAGUAGAUUGUAGGCGUUUUCUAUGUGAGAUAAUUUUCUAGACCUUCAUCUUUUUUCUUACACAGCAAAGAAUUUACCUAUAGUUUCUGUCAAUCACAACUACUAAAUGCACACUUUCCUGUCCUUUUUGCUAAGUGUUAUCCACCAUUAGUAGGACAUAGCACUGAGUAAUUAAAAAUAGAUAAUAGUGGAGAGGUCCACCUAUGACUGUCAUUUGGUAUCUGAUAGAUAGGUUAAGAGCAGACUUGCAACAGCAUCUCUAUCAACAAGCAUCACAGAUAUGAAAAAAUUAAGAGAUUGCCAACAGUUUUACUUUGUAUGUUCCAGAAAAAUGUACAGAGCUAUGUGGUGGAAGUCAUUGGGUCCAUAUUAAAAUGAUGCUCCCCAGCAUCCCCUCUGUCCUAUUGUAUUUUAGCAACCUUUGUUUCAAAAGGACACCACUCCAUCAGUUCUGCACUUGAGUGUGUACCAUAAGUGUCCAUACAUAUAUAUAUAUAUGUGCACAAACCAAAUGGAUAACCCACAAAUCCUUCAAUCCCUGAUAUAGGCACACCUUUAUGGUUAUAGCCCAACUGAUAAAAUAAAAGGUUGGAUCCACACUUGAUAUUUGAGUUCCAAAUACACGAUACUACAAAUAUAUCUCUCACUGUUUACCAUACCUAUUCUUCCAUUGAUGAAUGUAAUCACAAAUAAAUAAAAUUUGGUCUUCCUUUAAA